AUGCUUCAUCAAGCUCAUUUCCACUGCUAUCAAUUUGGAGCUAUAGGUAGCGUUAUAACCCACGAAAUAGGACACGGCUUUGACGUUGAAGGUAGGAAAUAUGAUAAAAGCGGUAAUUGGAACUUGUGGUGGACAAAUAAAUCAAUUGAAGCCUUCUUGGACGGCAAACGAACGUUAAGAGAAAAUAUAGCGGAUAAUGGAGGAGUUUCUAUAUCUUUGAAAGCAUUGAAGAGUUAUCAGGCCAAGAAAAGGAGGGAUGAAUACGCUUUCAAAUCCAAUACAGUCGAAGAUCGACUAUUCUUCCUUGCCUAUGCUCAAAGUCAUUGUUCUAAGGACACGCCCGAAGCUCUAUAUGAAAGAAUUAGAUCUGGUUUUCACAGCCCUGACAAAUACAGAGUAAACGGAGUUCUCUCCAACUUUAAACAGUUUUCAGAGGCGUUUAGCUGUUCCGCCAAAUCCGCCAUGAAUCCUCCUAACAAGUGUACCAUCUGGUAA